UUUAUUAGUGGGUCACUUGCCUUGAGAUUUAUAUAACUCUUAUCAGAUGAUACCAUCUUGCAUCAAAUCUCGAUCAUCUUUCUGUGAAGUCUUUUGUUUUCAACUACAUUUUUCUUUUAAAUGGUGAUAUGCUGCCAGUUGUAAUGUAAUGCUGAACACUUAAUGGCUAUUUCUCUUUAAGAUUCAUCAGAAUAUUGAAACGAAGGUUUAAAGUUAUCAGAAAUACCAAAACUAAAAUGCCAAAGUUCCGAUUGCUUUGUUUGUGUUAAAAAACAGCAUAAUUUUUCUGAAGUGAAAACAGGAUAUAGCUAUUAUCGACAACCCGGAAUCCUUUUUGAUGAAUACAAUAAACUUAAAGUAUGUAUAUCCGGAUUAAACAUUGAAGAUUUACCCAAGCCGAUUCUUAGCUUUGAGUUUAUAAAGGAGCUACCUCCUUCCAUAUUUGAUGUUCAAUUUUACAAAAAACCAACACCUGUUCAAAAAAGUGCAAUACCACUUAUGAUGGAAGGAUUAGAUCUUGUUGUUUGCGCACAAACAGGCUCAGGAAAAACGGCAGCUUUUUUAAUUCCAAUUGUUGCAAAAGUUUUAUCAAAACCGACAACUGAAAAACCUUAUGCUCUUAUACUUACUCCAACACGGGAACUUGCAAUUCAAAUACAUCGAGAUGCUGUGCAAUUGACAAAAGAAACUCACAUAAAAUGCUGUUGCGCCUAUGGUGGCAAACAUGUUCGUGAAAAUAUCAAUGAUAUUCGUGCUGGGUGUGAUCUGUUAAUUGCAACUCCUGGUAGAAUACUACAUCUUUGUAGAUCUAUAAAAGAUUUAUUAUCAAAGGUUCAAACUUUUGUUUUGGAUGAAGCCGAUCAUAUCUUGGGAAACAAUUUUGUUAAUGAUCUUAAUGAACUAAAAGAUAUUUUACCGCCAAUCAAAAAAAGACAAACAGUUUUGGUUUGUGCCUCAAUACCUGGCCAAUUUGAAAAAGCUGUUUAUGGACCAAAUAUAUGCGAAUAUAUUAAAUCAGAUUUUAAAGAAGUUCUUAAAGAGUUUCUCAAAGAUGAAUACAUUUUUGUUUGUGUGGGCAGAGUUGGUGGAACAGUUAAUUUUAUUGCUCAGUCUUUUUUUAAAGUCGAGCCUGAUACACCAAAGUUAAAAAUACUUACAGAUAUUUUAAACAAGGAAUCAAAGCAAAAUAAAAAGACCAUUGUAUUUUUGGAAACCAAAGAAGAUGCAGCUGCAAUGGCUAUGUUUUUAUGUAGCUGUGGCUUUCAAGUGACGGUCUUUCACAACAAUCGAUGUCAAAAUGACAGAGAAUAUGCGUUACAUCAGUUCAACACUGGUGUCAAACCAAUAAUGAUAUGCACAAGUGUAUCUGCACGAGGUCUUGAUAUUGUUGAAGUCAAAACUGUCAUCAAUUAUGAUUUGCCUUAUGAUAUAUCAACUUAUCUAUACAGAAUUGGACGAACAGGAAGAGCUGGUCAUGCUGGAAAAGCUAUAUCAUUUUUUGUUAAAGGUCGUGAUGAUGGUAUUGCAAGAGGAUUAGUAAAAAAUUUAUCAAUGUCUGAGCAGGAUGUUCCUGAGUGGCUUGAUGAUAUUGCAGAAACUGCGCAUGGAACAGAUUGUGGACCUCGAGGAGGAAAAUAUGCUUCAAAAGACACAAGAUAUAAUGUGUUAUCGGAAAUUUUCGAAGCAUUGUAAUUAUCGAAUGGUUGUCAGAUUCUCUGACGCUGAUGAUUUAUUUGUAUUAAAUUUUGUUUUCGUUUUUUAAAUGUUAAUCAUUCUAAA